AACUCUGCUUGUCAGAACUGGUCCAGGAAGUUAGGCGCUUGCUGUAAUCUCAAACCACCGCGCCAUGAGUUUUUAAGGCGGGCAACGAGACGUCACUUCGUACGCAAAUAACAUACCAACUUUAUAACUAAUGACAAGUUGAGUUCGGCUCGCUUUCCCGUUGUCUUCAAGAUUGGGCAUGCGCAUGGCGGACUGGGAAAGGUCAAAGUGGACACAAACAGCGACUUCCAGGAUAUGGCGUCUGUCGUUGCCGUCGCCAACACGUAUUGCACGACAGAACCGUAUGUGGACAGCAAGUAUGACAUCCAUGUGCAGAAAAUAGGACCAAAUUACAAGGCCUUUAUGCGUAAAUCAAUUUCUGGUAAUUGGAAAACAAACACGGGUUCGGCCAUGCUAGAACAGAUACAAAUGACUGAUCGCUACAAGAUGUGGGUAGAUGAAGUGUCCGAGCUUUUUGGGGGCCUCGACAUCUGUGCACUGGAAAUAAUUGUUGCUAAAGAUGGCCGUGAAUUUAUCAUCGAAGUCAAUGAUAGUGCAUUAAGUCUCAUGGGUGACUCACAAGAAGAGGACAGACGUCACAUCGCUGAACUUGUUGCCCACAGAAUGCAGCAAUAUUGCACGAGUUUGCAAAAUCGUAACACACCUCACCAGGCAUUCUGUCGCCCAACCAUGACAAAGGCAACAUCGCAUUCCAGUGUGUCUAGCCAGGGAGGGGUAGUUACACCAGUUGAUGAAAGACCACUAUCAGGCCUCUCUGAUGUAACAGCAGUGGGUCCUCCAUCAGGAUCCCCCAGCCUUCCACAACAAGCUGCAGUACGCAGGGACUCCCAAGCAUCGCAGUCAAGCUCGGUGAGCAGCGUCACAAGUGGGGGUAGGCGAGCCACUGAGCCAUCAGCUGUCACGGAAGCCUCGCGAGGACCCUCCAUGUUUGGUCGUCAAAGUUCUACUGCUACUCAGAAUGGAGAAGAUACAGAAGAUACUAUGAAGAAUCUAAGAAAAACAUUUGCUGGAAUUUUUGGAGAUAUGUAGAGACAUUGUUAAUACCAUUUUUAUAUAUGUAUAUAAUUUAAAAUUGUUCUUGAAGAAGACGGAGAGAUUUUAGGCUGAUAAUGGAAUCCUCUUGUGUAUUUUUUUUAUAACUGUGUUUUGGUGGGAAGUAUAAUUUUAGUUGUAUGAAUUUUAUAAGACCGCAGCAAGGACAAAUGGUUGUUUUUCGGAAUAUGUUGCAAAGUUAGUACAAUGUGAUGACUGUGGCGUGUCUCUUGAUACAUAGUAUCAUGCAACAUUUGAUGUAUUGAGCCCACAUUUUAUAUUUCAAUAUAUUGUAUUAAAUAUAAAUCAUACCAUCUGAUAACACAGAAAAUUACUAUCAACAUUGAACGUUUAAUGUCUUCAAAUUUUUAUGUUAUGCAUCCUGCACAACCUAUUCAAGUCUUUUGUGUUGGUCUUCAUUCACGCACUUGGUAUGGAAAUAUGGCUCUACCACAAUGUUUGCUGUGCAUAAACUGACUAAGAGCCACUUGUUGGUUUGAUUGUAUACAGCCUUUGUAAACACAUUGUAAUGAAAUGCAGUCUCGUUCAGAAAUGAAGAUAUGAAAUAAGGUGUAGGAUAAAAGGAAACAGAAAGAAAGAAAGAAAAAGUACAAAAAUACUGUUGUUUAUGAUUAAGAGCGUACAAUGGCCGUUGUGCAGACUGCAUAAUAUAAGGUAUUUGAAGGCAUUCAACAUACGUUCUGUAAUAAUAUUCAUAAUUUUAGGGCUGUAUCUUGCAAUCGAGACAUGUAUGAUGGACUUUGGCUAUUAGAUUCUGGCAGCUGAAGUAAAGUUAAUGUGUUUUGUCUUUAGUUCAAUACCAAGUGAAUAUCAGACAUCACGACUGUCAUUUAGUUAUUGAAUUCUCAACCCAAUUUUCUGAAAAAUGUUUGCUGUACCCCUAAUUUAGCUUGCAGGGAAGAAAAUUGGGGGCAGUAACACAAUUUGUCCAAUGGGUUGUACAUUCCCAUGCUUGCUGACAAUUUAACUUAUUAAUUAAUUAAAUGUUGCAGGUCAUAAAUGAUGCAUGUAAUGUUAUUACCAUGCUCUUUCAACUAAAUUAUAAGAAAUGUAUAUUAAUAUAGGAGAGCUGUAUUAUCAGCCUGAAGACUCCCUCUCUUUUUUGAUUGAUUUUGCUGUGGUAGGCUGUAAAUUGCCACGUAAUUGUGAUUGAUAAAUAUGUCCUAAUAAGGUUAACAUGUUGUUUCUCUCUUCUGGUUAAGUGGCAUUGGUAAUUAAUUUAUUUUAUUGGAUUAAUUAGUGAGAUAUUUAUGAAUAAUCAGAUCAUCCACAAUGGCCAAAAAUUUAAAAAAAGGAAUUAAUACUGAAUGUUUUGUUUUUUGGUUGGCACUUCUGUUUCAUAUUCAGGAGGUCCAAGGUUAAAAUCUUGUCAGGUACUUGGCUGUGCAUUAAAAGGUAAUAAAUAUUAAUUUAUAUUGCUGCUAGUACUAAAUAUAUUUUACAUUAAACAGAUUGUAGGAAUUUUCCUGCAAAUAUUUAUUCAUUUAUGAGGAAUUUUCAUUUAACUGGUGUUAUACAUUCCAUAUUAAUAAAUUAUUCAUUAAUUUAUUGUUGUAGCCAUUACAGUCAUAUUAUGUUACAAUACUACACAGUGAGAGAAAUAUCAUUUUCUUUCUUAUUGACAUGUAUGUCAUAAUAAUUCAGCUACAAAAUUUUAGAAUGUGAUUAUUUGUUAUUGUUAAAUAAGGAAGUCCAUUUUAGCAUUGUCUUUAUAAGUAGUAUUCUACUCAAUACUCUGUUACAAUAUAAUUCACAAUUCAAAAGGGCCUUCUGUUUUGGACAAUAGUUGUGAUCUAGAGAGUUUUAGACGUCUUUUCAUGCUGGUAAUCAUUUCAAGACUAUUCUCAAAUACAGCUGUUGAAAGCACAUGUAGCAUAUACCUAUGUAUUGGUGUUUCACAUUCUAGAUUGUGUCAGGCUUCCAUGCCAGUAUGCCUCAAAAAUAUAAAGUUGUUAAAUUUCACUUAAUCUUGCAAAGAUAUAUAGAAAUAUGAAAAUGAGAACAUGAUUUAAAAUGUUUCCAGUUUAAGUGCCCUAUUUGUUACCGAUAGAAUAUUUAUUUCUGUUCUGUUAUCAUUAAAUUUAAUUUUAUAUGGUACGUGAUUUUUAGUAUGAAAUUGACAUCACGAAUGUAAGAUUCACAAAAAAGCAUCAGUUGUUGAAACUUCAUUAAUGAUCUGGUUAAGUCAACAUUGCAUGUGUGUUAGUGUCUUUUUUAUACAGCUGAGCUAAUUACUAAAUGUAAAAAAAAAUACAUUUUAUAUGGGGCCUCAGUUUAUUUAUAUUGUGCUCUGAAACAUGUGUUAUGUGUAAAAAUGUAAAUGUUAUUAUUGUUUCAUAAUGUUCAAAUUAUGCUGAUGUUGUUCUUUUGGGUUGUGAUGUCACAUGGACUUGUAGGUAGAUAUCAGUGUUUUCGAGGAACAUAAUCUUCAUUUUCAGCCUCCCAGAAUGCAGCGUCUUGGGUUUGCCUCACCCUUCCAGAAGCCAUAUUUGUUGCCAUGCCUUUAGGAAAUAUGAUAUGGACCUAUAUGGACAGGCCCAUAAGGUGUUAUUUGCUGACACUAAAGUGUGAAAAACAAUAAUUAUUUACUCUUGUAACACCACAUUCUAUGUCUUAAGGAUACAUAGAGUAAUUCCUCAAAUGAGAUCAAAAUAUCUCUGAAUGGUGUAUCAUUUCUGUGCCAAAUUUUUUUUUCAUAACUAUUUAAUUUUUACAUACCAGCCUUUAGAAAUUGCAUGUAUAUUUGUGAUACAAUUUUUGGUAAAUUAAAAGGCACAAGCUGUGUUCUCCUUCCACUGAUUCUUCAUUUGUUAGUAACAGAAAUAAAUUAUGGGCCAGUCAUUACAUAACCUCAAAAUAGUCUCUGGUCAUACACAAUUUCUAUUGAGAAAUUAUUAAUGGAGUUUCAGUAACAACAUUAAAUGAUGUAAAUCAUUUAUGCCAUUUGACUACCUGGAAUAACUCGUGUAAUAAGCAACCAAAAAUACCCCAUCCACCCCCCCAAAGAAAAAAAUUAAAGUUAUUUAAUAAUUUAAAUAAUAUAUCUAUAUAAGGUGUAUUUCUAGAGGCAAUAUUAGUAGUGUUUCAGAAUAAAAUGUCAGUAAAUAAUUAUUUAAAUUUUAAAAUAUGAAAGAAAGGAUUAUGAAAAGUACAUAGCAUUUUAAAUUUGAUUUGAACAAAUUGAUUAAGAUUUAAUUUUGAACAUGGAAAUUUGUGACUAAUGAAACAUCAAGCUGACUAACAUUAGUUAGAGGAAUUCUGUCACUUCUCUAAACAGCUGAGGGCAGAUUGGUGGAAGUUUCCUUUAUAAUUUCACUGCAUGGAAUGUGUAGACAAGGAAUUGUGUGGUAACAAGUUAUAUGCUAGAUUCUGUCAUAGCCCAAGAGUACAAAACCCACAUUACAAAAAAAUGAAUAAACGUAGUCCGCUAUCUACUGACAAAAAAAUUAUUUUAUCCUUCGUCAGCCACAUGUUUAGAUUUACAUGUGAUCCAGUUGAACUGCAUUGCAGUAGCAUACAACCAAACUAUUAACCCAGGAGUUAAAGUCCAUUCUGGAGCCCCGUAAUGUGGUUGAUUUAAAAUCUCCUAUUCCUUUACAAUAGAAUUUAUAUAUGUUAGAACAUGUUCUGUUUGAACUCCGAAACAGUGAUUUAAAUCACUUUUCUUGCCUGUGAAGUAAAUAAAACUUUACUAGUAAGAAAGAAAUGUAUGAAUUAAAUGUUUUCAUCUUAUGUAUACCGUUACAGACAUUAUACUUCCAGCUGUCAAACAUUUUGCAUCCAUGAAUUCAGUUAUAAAUGUUAAAGCUUUCCAUCAUGGCCCAUGAAAGAUAGAUAUUCCUGUCACAAAAUCUACGACUAUGUGAAAAUGUGUUUAUUUUGACUAAAUUUUGACAUACUACCUUUCAUAUAGAUCAUUUAGCCUGUGGAACGUGUCAGAUUUCAGCUCUUUGGUGAAUAGUUAAAUUAAUUUCUAUUAAGACAUUUUUCCUACAGUCAAUUUUUGGAAACUGAAUAAUUUUUGCUGGCAAUUUACUCUGUAAAUUCUUUGGAAUAAUUGUGUCAUGUAUUACCUAUGUCAUUGAAAUAAUGUUAUUGAUAUCUCAUAUUGUUAUUUAAUCACCAAUGUAUGUAUAAAUGUUGAUGUGUGAUAAAUGAAAGCACAUGGAUGUACAUCACUGCUGCAGUAUCAUUGGUCUGAUGAUUCUGCAAGUACUCAGUAUUACCACAACCUCUCAUAUCUUAAGACAAUUGGCUCUAGAUUCUGAAGGAAAUAUUGCAGCAGCCAUAUUUAUCUUGAAAAUUUAUUAUUUUUUAAUGUGUUUAUUUAAUUAUGUAUAAUUUUCAAUAAAACGAAUGAGGAAAUAGAAAGAACAUAGUUCAAACAUUCCUGUUUGUGCAAAGAUGAACUUCAAUUUCAAAUGUUUUAAAAUAUAUUCUACUCUGUGAUAUUUGCCAUUUUUUCUCGAUAUGGUUGCAAUACAUAUUGAACCUGUACAAAUGUUUAACACAGUAUCUCUGUAACUUAAAUUACCACUUUGAAAAAUCAAAUUGUGUGAUACAGGUUUAUUUGAAAUAUGUUUUGUAUUGUGGGAAGAAUUGUAUUUAAAAUUCAAUGUAGAAUUAAUUACAGUUUUGACAAUAAACGUCCUUUUUGAUGAGAGACUCUAGGGCGAGAAGCCGCGUCAGAUGGCUGAAUGGUGAAUGAACCAUUUCUUCCCGCCAACGUUUUGAGAGCCACCUCUGCUCUCAUCCUCAGAGAGUCUUUCAUCAACUUCAGUCGCUGCGAAAGAUUCUUUUUCUUUAUAUAUGUUUAUAUAACUACUGAGUCUUCAGUUUUGGCUUGUGAGAUAAUUCCAGCAAGAAACAAAUACAGAACCUUCAUAAUAAAUGGAUAGUUUAAAUAAAAAGCAGGGUUUUUUAAAUCGAAUGUUGACAAUUGAAGCAAAGCAGGCUUGGAACAUUUGCCAAUUAUUUUAUCUCAUAACUCACAGGUUAAAAUUUAUCAGUUUAAUACAUCUAAAGAAAAAAUUCAUGAUCUAUGGCCUUCUGUAACAUAAUGAAGCCUUUGUAUGGGUGUGAACCAAUGCUAUGAAAUCGGUAAAAUAAUGGUGGUACAAUUUACAAGUCUUAAAUUAAAUAAAAUUAAUGUUGUAAGAUUCAUUUGGUCUUUCCUCUCAGCCUGCACCAAAUUGUAUGUGAAAAUUUGAGUGUGAUAUCAAACCAGAUGUCUACACUUGUACUGUGGUGAAAAAGUAUUUUCUUCCAUAGAUAACUUUGUAAUUCAAAUUAUAUAAUUUACCAACUUUUUUAUGCCCAAAGUUUUAUCACACUUGGGUUAAAAUAUUCUUCCCAUAAUUCAAUGCUAUAAAAUCUCAGCUGCUGACAGUGUCAUUAAAUAAACCACAAAUAAAUAAAACGUACCUCGUACAGUGAAACCUGUAUAUAACGUGCCCAGUUAUACCACAGAUUUGGAUAUAUUACAGCAUUGAUCAUGUCCUCCAAUAUGAUUACACAAAUUUUACAUCAUACACUUUUAUGCAAGUAGCUUAGAAUGUGGGCACUGUAGUUGUCCCCUGAUUCCUGUGUUUUAUCAAGGUUUCGCUGUAUGUUGAACUCAUUUACUAGUGAAUAGUAUCCUCGUACUGAUUCAUAUUGUUUCCAGCUCAUAUAUUUCAUCUCCUGUUUGGUGUAAUAUGAGAGGGACUGGUGCAGAAUAAUUCCAAAACCAGCGUAUCUUCUCACAAGUAGAACGCAGAGAAGAAAAAAACUUUUCAUGCAAAUUUCCUGAUGACUAUUUAAAGUACUACAAGCAGUGCUGUACCAAGUUCCACGUGUUAAAGUUUUUAACAAAAAUUUAAAAAAAAAUCAAGAAAACCAACGACAACUUUAAUAAUUAUAUGUGAAUGCAUUAUUGAUCAAUAUUUAUAGUGUGGUAUAUUAACUGUUGAGCAUAGGUACUUUACAAUAACAAAUUAUUGUUAUUGUUGUUGAGAUAAAGCUAUAAGAAGUGUAAUAAAAAUAUUUGCUAUUGGUGUAUUUAUGCACGGUAAAAUUUGCCAUGUUGCAUUUGAAUUGCUGCCUGAAAAAUAUUGUACGCCUUGAAUGGAACAAUACUGGUAUCAAUAUGGAUGUCUCUGUAAAUGGUGUAUGUGAGUUAUGAAAUGUUAAUCUGAUUCAAGUGGCCAUUAAGCUCACGUGUUUAUACAGUGAUUUUAUUUAAAUAUGCUUCAGUCUGUUUUAAAUUGUAAAUAAUUAUUUUAUUUAAUUUGUGUGGUUCCCAGCUCUGUUGGUUAAUUUGCACACUUGUAUUGUGUCUGUUACAUAUAUGAUGUUUCAUUGUUUGGGGGCACAGAAUUUCCCUUUUUGCUAAACAUUAGGUGGACUUUUUAAAGGAAUAAGUGAGAUAUUAGCUGUCAACACAGCAUAUAGUAUAUGUCAUGUUUCUGCUAAUAAAAUCAGAUAGUACACAGUAUAAGGUACAGUAGUUUUAAUUGAAGUUAAAAUAUGUUAUUAAUAAUAAAAUUCUGUCUAUAGAUGUAUGUUAAUAAUACAGUACUAUAAAAGUUUUGCUGGAAGAUAUUUUUCAUGUGGAGUUUGUCGUACACCUCCUGACAUUACAGUAAAAUACAUUUUUAUCUUUAGCAAAACUUUUAUAGUACUUUAUCAUUACCACGCAUCUAUGUAUAUAAUUUUAUUAUUAAUAACAGGGAUCUCUGCUAUAUUUUAAUUUUAAUUUAAAAAUAUUGUACCAAUCUCUUUAUGUUCAUAUUUAAAUGGUAUUAUAAAACCAAAAACUUAAUGGUUAUUUUAAAGUACAUAGUCAGUACUGACGUUUCAUAUAUUGUGUACCACCUGAUAAUGACAUUAAUUGAAAUAUAUGAUGCUUUUCAAAAUAAAAUAAUGUUUUGAAUGUUGAUGUGUUAAGUUGAGGGCUCCAUUGUUAUCUAUAGUAAUGACAAAAAUAAUGAUGCAAUAGAAUUCAUAAUACGAAGCUUAAAAAGGAAGUCAGUGGUCUAAACAUUUAUGUAUUUGUCAGCUGAACAUCCCUCACUAAGCUGAUAUGCGGCAAACCACACACUACCCAGACAAUAUGUGUUCAUAAAAUGGUAACUCGUUCUGACCCUAUGCUGUGCUUAGGUAGGAAUUUAUUAUGAUUUAUAUGAGUCAUAUGCAAUGUGUUAACUAUAAUAAUGUUGAAAAUCGACUGAUCAUGACAAACUUUACCUUUUUUAAACACUAUGUGAGGUCCUCAAAUUUUGCUGUUUGUUGUGUAUUUAUUUAGUGUUCUGUCUGACGACAGGUCCAUAGGAACAGGAUUUAUGUAUAAUAUUUGGUGAUGAUAAAUUUUUAUGGUUGGUAGUUAUGUUUCAGAGAUGUUGGUCUCCAUUGUCACAGUUGAAGUGACACACAGCUGACCUAGUCUUCAUGUUAAUAUGAAGAAUCGCCUUCUGUUCUGUUUCACAGUUGCAUAUUUCAAACUAUAAAUACGACGAAUAUGUCACCUUUCAGUGAAUUUACCCUGAAGAUGUGGACUGCAAGCUUUAUAAAUGUUUGUAUACCAGCCUGUCAUAACACAAUGUCAUUAUUCAAAAUGAAAGAAAAAUACUUAAAAUUUAGCAGACUACUGUUAAAGCCACAACAACUCAGAGCUUUAAUGACUUACAAAUUUUGUGUUCAGCGUAAUUGUGAUUCAGUAUUUAAUUUUAUUUUUGACAUUUUUCUGAGGAUUAUGCUUAUUUUAAUGUAAAGACGGCAUAUGCAUUCUUCUAGUAUGUCUUUUGAUCAUGUUUAGAACAUUAAUUUAUCAUGUACAAAAUUGUUUAAAGAAAACUGAGCUUUAAACAGAUUAAUGUUUAUUUUUAAAGAUGUUGUAUUAUACAGGCUUAUGUGUACAGGCAAAUAGGGUCUUCCUGUGUUAGAAGAGAUUUCCAGAAUAGAUCAUCCUCAAUAAAAUCUUGUGGGCAAUCAGCCACAUCACUUGCGUACAUGACUUCCUUUCUGCUGUACAUUGUCUUACUUUGGGUUUUAUUAUCCUGUGUUAUAGCAAAAUUUAUUGAAUAUUGAGUAACAAAACACUGUGUGAAGUUAAAUAAAAUGGCUGAAGUUAAAGAGUGACAUUUCAGA